AUGGGUGAACUCAUUGCUGGCCGAGCUGUCCAGGGGAUAGGGGGGUCAGGCCUUUACAGCCUAGCUCAAGUCUGUCUCCUCGAGCAAGGUCCAAGCCGCCCAGAGGCUGUGGGCGCCCUUGUCGGCAUUACUCUGUCCAUAUCUGUCACCCUCCUUAGCGGCUUCGUCUACAUCGCCCUGGUCAUCAAAAUCCCCGAACAACUGCAACUCAUCCACGGGGAUAAUGCCCUCUGGGCAGGUGUGCACCUCCUCCCGAUGCUCGGUGCAUGUGCCUUCGGCUCCUUCCUAGGCGGCGCCCUCUCCAAGCAGUCUAACUUGACCAGCCAGACCCUCGUCGCAGGCAACGUCCUGCAGGUCGCUGGCCUGGCCGCAAUUCUCGGCCUCUCCCAUCGCAGCGACGACGGCGCGCUAGGCCUGCACCUGCUCCUGGGCUUGACGGCGCUUUAUGGCCUGGGUGUUGGCCUCACUUUUGCUGCGUGCACCAUGAUUGCUGCAAUUGAGGCUUGCGAGGGGGAUUUGGCGGCUGCGCAGGGCGCUGUGGCGCAGGCGAGGGUAUUUGGUGGUGCGCUGGGCCUGGCGACGUGUACAAUUCUUUUCAGUGAACGGUUGCAGCGGGAGUUGGGGUCGAACGGGUCACUACUCGGUCGGGAGGAGCUGGCGCAGGUGCUUCGGAACUUGAUGGCGGUGUUGAAUCUGCCCGAUGGGGUGCGGCAUGAGGUUUUAACGGUUUAUUUGAAUGCUUUUGAGCAACAGAUCAUGAUUAUGACUGUGGUGGCUGUUGUUGCGUUGGUGCUGAGCCUUGGGACGUAUAGGAGGUCGGGGCCGAGACAGGUGAUUGGAGUGAUGGUUAGGCAUCAGGAGCUGGCAGCGGCAAGGACAAGAGGGGGAGACGAUUCGUGGAGAAGGGGUGUGAAGGGUUCGGACGGCAGAAUGCGUGGUGAGGCCGAGACAUCCCCUCUCAGCAGCAUAAGGCCCUUUAUCCGCCAGUAG